AAUUUAAAAAGAAAAAAACAAAUUUUCCCAACUCGGAACUUGAAACUCAUUGGAGGAAAAUAAAACAGAGUUUUUUCUUUAAUUUUAUUAAACCACAAGUGCAACAAAAGUGUUCAAAUCUAUAAAUUAAAACUUUUUUUUUCUCAAGAAGUGCAAAUAAAUUCUACCUCAAAUCGGAAACUGCAAUCAACAUACAAAUACAUUCAUACCUAAAUAAAUCAAAACCUUUAUAAUUUUUUAAUAAAUCAUAAAAAAGCAACAGGAGAAGAACAAAAAAAACGAACAUAAAAAAAGCAAUUGUAAUAAAAAAAAACAAAAAAAAAGUUGUCUGGCCGUUGCAAUUCACAAAAAUCAAAGCUUUUUCAACCCUUUCUCACCACCAGACCUAUCUACACCUACCUACCUACCAUUAGUAAAGUUACAAACUAAAACCACCCACCCUUGCUCUGUAAAAUAUUGACUCUUCCCGUUCCCGGUAAAACCAAACCAUAAACUGUUGUUGGUGUACCGUCUGUUUCAUUUUUGUCUUUUGAUUUGAGUCGAAUUGAAACUGAGAGCCUAGUGCAAUAAUACCUAAUAAUUUAUGAACUGUGCUGUGCGCUCUAUCAACAUUGUAUAUAACUGCUAUGGUGAAUAAUAAAUUAUACCAAAUGUUUCUACGCACACAGCUUUUUGUUGAUUAAUUCUCCUGCAUUUGCGAGUAAUUGAAACGGAAAGUGAAAAAUUCUUAUCCCCAUGCGUGUUUGUUAGACGCAUAAUUUCGACAGUUACACCGAUAACGUUACCGAUACUUAAACAAUUGGAAUAUUCAACAAAACUUAAGAUAUUCACCACACCCGACUGCAACUUGUUGUUUAGACGGAGGAAUAUAAAUUAUACAUUUCUGUUCUGUUGGAUACGCAAAACCAAUACACACAACUAAGAGAGUAUAUACAUAUGUGGUGAAGAUGAAGAAUAUAGGAAGGAAGAACUGACAGAAAGAGAGAGAGAGAGCAAUACAAAGGAAGCCGGAGCCGGCCUCUUUGAAAAAAGGCACUGUUGUGCCUCGCUGUAGUCGAGUUAGUGAUUCAACCCCUACACACAAACACAAGACAAAAUUUCAAUUGUGUGUGUAAGAGAGAGAGAGAGAGAGAAAGGAAGAGUGUGUGAGUGUAAGUGAAGUGUGCUACGGUGUUGGCCACCGCGCUGCGCUGCGAUACGUAUUGCUAUUGCUAUUGCACCGUAGAUACUCACAGAGACUGUCUUCGGUUUAGCUCAAUCGUUCGUUUGCCAUUCGUACGUUCGCUCUGUCAUUUGCCGCACCGUCCGUCAUCAUCAACAUCAUUGCCGCUUUGUUUUUAUAUGUCUACUCGUCUCGUCGGCGUCAUCAUCGUCGCCGUUUUUCGUAGAGUUUCAGACAUACACACAACCAAAAAUAAAAAAACUGAAGCGAUAUUUUGUGUUUGUUGAAAUUUUUUGACAGUAGCAAGUUUAAACACAAGAUUCUGAUUUUUAGUGUCGCUGAUACUGUGAUAGAUACAUGACGUUUCAUAAAGUUAAAUUUAUAUGGCCGCGCGUAUCGACAGUGAGCGUAUAGAAUAACGUGAAUUAAUAUCCGCCGGACGUUUUUAAAAAAUAAAUAUAAGUUUUUUUUUAUUUAAACAAAAAAAUCAGUUUCCUCUCUCAAACAGAAACAGAAAAAUAUUUUAUCAACAAUAAUUAUUUUUGACGUUAAUGACAGCUAUUAAUUCUUCAUAAUACCAAUUUUAAACAUAAAUGACAGAAAAGGUGCAAAUUUCCGGUUAAGUGCAAGUUUUUUUGUUCAAAAUAAUUUUUACCAAUCAACAAAAUUAAAAUUGUACAAAACAAAAAAUAAGUUAUUACCUCAAACAAAAAUUUAAACAAAAAAUCUAUUACAAAAAAAAACCUCAACUCAGGUUCUGUUUUACAAAUUAUUUAAACAACCAGAAACAAAAAAUAAAAUAUAUAUUUUAUAUAGUUAAAUAUAAAAAUAAAAAAAACUUAAAAAUGCGUAUGUUUUAAGAAACAAACAAAUAUUUAAACGUCAAACUUAAUGUACAAAUUGUGUCGCUUUAAAAUGUUGCUAGUGUAAAUGUAUGACAUUACAAUUUAACUGUAACAAAACACAGACUAUAUUCCCAGGAUAACGGGCAACACAAACAAAAAAAAAAACAAAAAAUUGUUACCAUGAUAAUGUUACAACAUUUGACAGCCGCGAAUCCGCACACCUUUGUCGGUGGCGGAGGUGGUGGUGAUGUUACAACAACAAUGACUGCCUCAACAACAGCAAUCUCAUCAUCAUCGAAGAGCAUCGGCUCAAUAUCAUCGUCCUUAUCAUCAUCACCGUCACCACCAACCAUCGUUCAUCAUCAUAGACGUUCAGAGUCGAUGAGCCCUAUGAGCUCACCUCAACGGCAAUGUCAUAGUAAUAUUCCUGCCUCACCGUCAUCGGAACACUCAAGUUCAUCACCUCAGCCGAUGACAAUUGUGGAAGACGAUCCACCGGCUGAAGAGGGUGAAAAGCUGACCUGCAUCAAGAGUUGUAGUGAGCGCGUUGAAAAACCCUCAAUCCAACAGAGGGCCGAAGUGAUCGUUGAGCGAAGAAGAUCUGCGAGUCCGGCUGAGCCGAAUAUACUCCAGAGGCACCAGGAAUUCGUUAUGCUCUACAAUCACCUGCGACAGUGUAAAACCCCACCAACGGUGGCUACGUCAACGACAAUAUCGCCAUCACCAUCUCCGGAAUCACGACCCUCUACAGCGGGAUCACCGGCCACGAUCAUUAAGGGAAACUAUCAGUUUCAACAGGCCCGCCGCAGUGUCAUCACUACCAGCGGCGACGAGGAAGAAGAUCAGCGUGCCAAAAACUUCCGUUCCAGUCGUCAUCCGUCCUUCACCGAUGAUUCGGACGAUUGUGAUCGUAAGGACGAUCCUAACUGUCUUACCAUGAGACAAGUCAGCAUAGAGGACCACGAUGAGGAGGAGGAAGACGAGGAAGACCGUCCUCUGGAUUUGUCCCUUAGCACUGCUCUAAGUCGGAGAAGAGCCCGCACCUAUUCAGGCGGCACAGACGACUCCGAUGAUUCUGGAGCCGGAGCUGUCGACGGGGACUUGAAUCCUCUGAAAAGUGACGAGGGCAGAGCUGCUUACAAAAAGAAUCUUAUGAAGCGAUAUUUAGAUACUGAAAUUCCAAUUAUAAAACAAUCGCCAAGCCCACCACCUACAUCACUUCAUCAUCUGCAACAACAACAACAACAGCAACAACAACAAGCUCAGGCACAGCAACAUCAGUCAUCGUUAUCAGCUGUAGCAGCAGCAGCAGCCGCUGCGGCGGCUGCCCUGCACAUAAAAUCAGAGCAUAACACUGCCUUAUCGCCACAACACCAGCAACAGCAACAACAGCAGCAGCAACAACAACAACAGCAACAUCAAACGCAAUCGCAACACAACGGUCCAUCAGCUCUGCAACAACAGCAGCAACAAUCAGCGACGACAACGCAACACAGGCCAUUGUUGCAUAAUUUGUUAAGUGGAGCGCCGAUUCAUAGUACACCGUACCAUAGAAAUUAUUGCACCUCCAGUACAGGAUCAUUUCCACCCAGUCCAGCUGAUAGCGGUGUUUCAGAUGUAGAUAGCUCGAGUUCUGGUGGCCAACCAUGCAGCGAAGAGUUAAAGGCACGCUUGGGUAUGCCACCACAUUGUCCACCUCAAGGACAUGUACCAAAUGGUACAUUUUUACAUCCAAAUUUCUAUCACAAUUCGCCGCCUCUACGGAAUAUUUGGAAUCGUGGAGUUGGAUUGCCAGACAAUUAUUACCUUCCCAUGCCAUCUGGCGGUGGUUCGGGUAACGGAAGUAAUGGUGGGGUUGGCGGUGGGGGUGGUAAUGCCGGCGGCGGUGGAGGAGGUGGUGGUGGCACUACAAACGGCUACGCGAGCUCACCACACUUCACCACACCUUCCCCGCCACGUACCAACAAUGGUGCCCCGCCAUCGCAUCAUUCCAUCCAGCAUCACCAGCAACAGCAACACGCGCCACACCUCCAACACCACCCGCAUCAUCACCAUCAUCAUCCACAUUCCGCAGCCGGAAAUAGCGCAGCAGCAGCUGGCAUCGCCGGACCAAAUUUGGGCUUACAUCCACAAAGUGUAAUCCAACCAGCGACAUCUAGUGUGAACUAUGAUCUCUCCUACAUGUUAGAGCUAGGCUUUCCACCACGAAAACUCAAGAAACCACGCAAGCCGAAGAUCGAAAUGGGCGUCAAGAGACGCAGCCGAGAAGGUUCCACCACAUAUCUGUGGGAGUUCCUCCUCAAGCUCCUCCAAGAUCGUGAAUACUGUCCGCGUUUCAUCAAAUGGACCAACAGGGAGAAGGGCGUUUUUAAGUUGGUCGAUUCCAAGGCUGUCUCACGUCUGUGGGGCAUGCACAAAAACAAACCAGACAUGAACUACGAAACAAUGGGUCGUGCGUUAAGGUACUACUAUCAGCGAGGUAUCCUGGCGAAAGUCGAUGGCCAGCGGCUAGUCUAUCAGUUUGUCGAUGUGCCAAAGGACAUUAUCGAAAUCGAUUGUAACGGUGUGUAGACAUAAGGAAUGUGAUGCGUGGAGGCUUAUAAGAACAAUACUAAUACACAUACAUAUUAUAUAUAAUUUGUACAAAUAUUAAAAAAAAAAAUGUGUAUCGUAAUAAAAAACAAAAAAAAACAACAAACAUUUCGAAUUUAGAACAAAAUUUUCAGUGGAAUUCUUUCCAAAAACAAAAACAACAACAAAUGAAUAAAAUUUUAAAUUUAAAAUUAAAAUUAAAUUACUUUAGGUCAAAUCUAGUUAAAUAAAAAAAAUUGUUAAAACAAAAAUAACUUAUUUUUCAAAAAAUACAACAACAAAAAAACUGUAAAUUGUCUUAUUUAUAAAUUAAUUAAAAAAACAAAAACAAAAAAAACCUAUAUAUAAAUGAGUUGCUCUUUUUUGUAAUAUUUUAUUUUAUUUUUUAUUUUUAUAAGAAACAAAAGAAACUGCUGGACAUAUUUUUAGUUAUUGUUUUAUUAUUUUUAUAAUCAAAUUUCUCUUUGUUAAUUAUUAUUAAGUGAAAAAUUAUACAAUAUAAACACAUAAAUAUAAUAUUAUUUUUCUUAGUUUUGAAUUUGUUAGAUUUCUUACCUAUAUAAGUUCCAACUCUCGUGUAAUAUUAAACAAACAUAUUUACAUAUACACACAUAAUCUUCGUUAAAAAAAAUAGAUAGAUACUUGAUAUUCCUCUUUUUUAAGUUUAUUAUCUAAUUUAAACAAAAAAAUAAUAUAAAUGCAAUUGAAAAACCUUAAGCCCAAACAAAUAAACCAUAAUAAUGUAAAAAUCUUAACAAUUUGACCACCAACCAAGGAUCACUGCCUAAUUUGUAUUUUCAUUAUUUUUUAUUGUUUUCUCUUUCUUUUCUUCUAUUCGUGAAAGUUAAGAAAAGUAGAACUGUACAGAAUUUUCUUUUUUUUUUUAGAUAACAACAAAAAAUAUAUAAUGAUCUAACGUUAUUGUAAAUUUUGUUAAUUAUUUUUUCUCGUUUUUAUUUUUAAUUAUUAUUAUUAUUAUUAUUAUUUUAUGUAUAGAUUAUUGUCUUUGUAGAUUAUUAUUUUUUAAGAUUUUACUAAAGAAAGAAAAAUGUAUUUGCUUUAGUUCGUUUUCUUUUUAUUUUUUGAUAAAUAAUAUUUGUUUAAUAUUAAUAUAAUUUUUUUAUGAUGAUACUUAUAUUUUUUUUCUUUUCUCUGUGUAUAGUUAUUGUAUAAAGA